AUGGGCUUUUUUGAAUCUGCUACGCCGUCAAACCGCUGCUCCUCAAACUCAAUCCACUCAGUUGAAUAUUCAUCUCUUAACUCGCCUUCUAAAGAAAUCGUCGGUAUCAACUCGCUGAUUGAUCCUUCGACAAGGUAUGCGUUUUGCCAGCUGACCGCAACUGUAUUGAAACUCGAUUUUUUGGAUCAAGAUGAUUCGACUUCAAUUUUGUUUUGCAAACAUGUGUUACAAGCUGUUUUGGAAUAUCUGGCAAUUCCUGUGAAGUCGCGAAAAAUUUUCAUAGCUUAUUUGGAGGAAAAUGUCGACCUUCCAGAUGUGGCCACGCUGAUAAUGACGAUUAAAGAGGAUGUGGUAGUCGUUGAAAGAGGAACAACUUUGUUUUUGUCAUACCUUCUUUAUCAAUUUGUUGCCACAAGUCAUUACGACAGCCGUACCCGCGUUUUGUUGCGACACCUAUCCACCUUAUUGGCCGUUGUAUGGGAAGAAUUUGAAGAAGCACGAGAAAAGAUAGCAAAAAGCAAGAAACUCAAAAGGUAUCUAAUGAUUGGAGCUGCUGGCGGAGUCGGUGGAGUGCUGAUAGGUCUAACUGGUGGUCUAGCUGCUCCUCUUGUUGCCAUCGGCGCGGGAGCAGUUCUUGGAGGAGCAGCAACAGCCGCAAUUGGAACGACCGUUGGGGCGGCAAUUUCGGGAACGACUUUUGGAGUCGCAGGCGCUGGUCUAGCAGGAUAUAAAGAAAAUCUUCUUGGUAAGGACAACUUGACAAAGAUCUUCGAAGCCGUGAGCGGAUUAUGCGGCUACCUUAUUUCGGCAAUCAAAGAUAUGUUUGACAUUCCAAUUUAUUACGGAGGAAGAUACUUCAAACAACUAAUGGGCAUUCCUCAAGAAAUGCGCGAGAGGGUAUUUUUGAAUUCAGCGAGCGCACCACCGAGCGCUUACUCGGAGAUUACUCGACAUGUUUUGCCGCAUUCAUUAUAUAGGCGUUUUUGUCUACGCACCGCGAAAAGGCACAAUCGACUCUCGUCUCAACUCCGAAAACUCGCCAUCAAGCGGAUGACAAGAAGAAAUGAUCUCGAUGACUUUGUUUUGAAAACUUGCAAAUGGGAUCUCUUUUGGAGGGGCCUUGAGGAAAUGAUUUUGAAGAUGUUGGAGACACGAGAAAGCUUACCUCCAAAAUUUGACACAAAAACUUUAUGCCGAAAGAAGACAGCCCUUAUCUCGACAUUUCUCUAUAUUCCCGGUGGGAUCAUCUCCUUCAUCGCAAAGUUCAUCCCGCCGGGUUUUGAGCUGCUUUACGUUGGGAGAUUCAUUUGGUCAUUCGCCAAUGGAUUGAACAAUUAUUUCACGUGCCAAUGCUCA